AGAUGAGCAGAGGAGGAUAGCAUCAGCUCAAGAGCCGGCAUCGGACUGCAGCAACCUCCUCCAGCACAGCCACCAUGAGCUACGCAGGCUCAAGCAUCAGCAGCUCCUCCCGACGAACAUACGGGGACACGCCUCACUCCAGCAGGCGGCUCCAGAGCAUCUUCUCUGGUGGACUCCGAUCAUACUCGUCAACCAGACUCGGAGGCGAGCGCUCGGGCUACGGCAGCCUCGUGCAUGGCUACAGCAUGCCUGCUCUCAACUACACAGACAGUCUUGACCAGAUCCGCCCCAGCGGGCUCACAGGAGACGCCAUGCAAGCUCGAGUCAACGAGAAGCAUCUCCUGCAGGAUCUCAACGAGCGCUUCUCGGCCUACAUUACCAAGGUACACGACCUCGAGCAGAACAACAAAGACCUGGACGAUCAGAUCUCAGCACUCAAACAAAAGCAGUCGGGCACCACCCGCAGCGGGAUCAACGAUGUCUACGAGUGCGAAAUCAAAGAGCUCCGAGAGCUCAUUGAACACAUUAAUGGAGAAAAGACAUCCGUGCAGAUGGAGCAGGAGCGUCUGGAGGAAGAUAUCAAGAAGCUCGAAGAGAAAUGCGGUCAAGAAGUUCGUCUACGCAGUGAUGCUGACGAGCUCUUUAAGAUGUUCAGCAAGAACAUAGACGCCGCUUCUCUGGUGCGAAUGAGCAAUGAGAAGCAGAUACAGGCUCUAGUCGAUGAGAUCGCUUUCCUCAAAAAGAACCACGAGGAGGAGAUGGACCAACUUAUGGCGCAGAUCAAAUCCUCCACCGUCUCGGUGGAGAAGGUAGACUACGAAGAGGCCGGCAUCGCGGAAGCCCUGCGUGAAAUCCGCGGCAAGUUUCAGCUCAAAGGGCAGGUUGAGGGGGCGGCAGAAGAGCGCUUCCAGUCCAAGUUCAAGGAGCUCACGGAGGCAGCGGAGCAGAACGACGAGGCCCUGCGAUCGACCAAGGAGGAGCUCUCGAUUUAUCGUCACAAGCUCAAUGAGAGAAGCACGGAGCUGGACGCACUGCUGGGAACCAGGGAUUCACUCGAGAGGCAACUGAACGAGAUGGAAGAGAGGCACCAAAUCGAUGUGGGCAACUUGCAGGACGUGAUGGAACAGCUACAGGGGGAGCUGCGCGACUCCAAGUGGGCGGUGGCGCGCCGCCUGCGCGAGUACCAGGACCUACUCAACGUGAAGAUGGCGCUCGACAUCGAGAUCUCUGCCUACAGGAGACUUCUGGAUGGAGAGGACUCGCACUUUAGCAGCGGCAGCCUGAGCUUGGACUCAGCAAGGUCCAUUUACACCCACACACCCAAGGCCAAGUCCCAGGAGGAACCGCCUAGCAAGGAGAAAGAGGCUAAAGAUGAAGCAGAAGAAACCGAAGAGGACACCCGAGCUGAUGGCAAAGAAUCUGAAAUAGACAAAGCUGCAGCUGAGGAGAAAUAUACGGCAGCAUCCAAGGCAGUGGGCAUUAUAGUUGAAGGUCCUGAUAGAGUCGAGGCUGAGGAAAAGGCUGAGGAAAGUUCCGUGGCUAUUGCUCCACCUGAAGAGGAGAAACAUAAGGGGGAUGGUGCCGAAGAGGAAAUGGAGGAUGAAAAGGUUGAAGAUACAAAAUCCAAAGCUGAAGACAAAAAGGAAGGCAAAAAAGAGGAUGCAAGUGAAGAUCUAGAAGCACACAAAGAGGAACAGGAGGGAAAGAAAGUGGAAGCAUCGUCCAAAGAUAAGGCUGAAGAACAAGCACCGAAAGCUGCUGAAGACGAGACUGAGGAAGCACCAGCAAAAGAGGCAGUCGAGGAUGCAGAGAGUGACAAGGCAGAGCCUGAAGCCAAAGAAGGUGGCAGCGAAUCCAUCAAGGAAGAUGAUAAACCAGCCAAGGAUGAAGAAAGUGAAAAAGAACAAGGCAAGCCUGAAAAGGAAGAUACAACGGUCCCACAAACAGUGGAUCCAAAGAAAGACACAGAGUCAAAACGUGCCCUCAAGAUCCUUUCCUUCAAGGUUCAGCCGAUAGCUUCUGCUACAAAAAAGACGGUGACGAAAGACGAGGUGAAAAUUACUCAGGAGGAGAUAACCUAUGAAGAGACGACGGAGGAGACCUUCCUCUUGACCAAGACAGUUCACCACAAUCAGGAAGUCGAGGUAGAACAGAUAAUUAGCUCUGAGCCCGAGAUGGAGGAAUACGAGGAGAUAAUCGAGGAGACCGUAGUUUCCACGACCAAGAAGGGCGACCACGGCAAAGCCAGAUCCGCAUCGAGGUCAUCCCACAAGUGAAGCCGACAACCCUUAACAAGCACCUUCCCAUGAUCUACAAGGAACCACGAAUUGAACACCACCUGAAACUCGCAUUCAAUGUUACCCGCCCCGCAUUGUGCUCUGCACAUUAGCUGUAUCGUGUGCCAAAGUACCUGUGGCUAAUAAAAGAGUGGCAUGUGUUAAAUAUUUCCACGAAUGUAUACAAGACAAACAUUAAAUCGGCAAAGGCCGUUUUGUGUCCAGAUGCUUGCAAUGGAAAAGGACAAUAGGAAAUUAGCAAAGUAUAACAAGUGUUGCUGUUAUGACAUGGUAAUGCUGGAGGGCUGAUGCUUAAAAGAAAAUAAAUGAAAUUUGCUGCACACAU